AUCUUUCCUGAUUCUAAGUGUUUGGAACAAGUAUUCCUUCAAAAGCCUGGAAGCAGUGGAGCAGCCAUGGGGCUGCUGAUUGGCGAUGACCUAUGGGCUGUGGCCCUAUUCACAGCCAUCUUCUUGCUUCUGGUGGACCUUGUGCACCGGCGCAAGUUCUGGACUCCCCACUACCCUCCAGGCCCCAUGCCACUCCCUGGGCUAGGAAACCUGCUGCAGGUGGACUUUGAGAACAUGCCAUAUAGCUUUUACAAGCUUCGAAACCGCUAUGGUGACGUGUUCAGCCUGCAGAUGGCCUGGAAGCCCGUGGUUGUGAUCAAUGGACUGAAGGCAGUGCGGGAACUGCUGGUGAACUAUGGAGAGGACACUUCUGACCGUCCCAUACUACCCAUCUAUAAUCAUCUGGGCUUUGGGCACAAAUCAAAAGGUGUGAUUCUUGCACCUUAUGGACCCGAGUGGCGAGAGCAGCGGCGAUUCUCUGUGUCCACCCUGCGUGACUUUGGCCUCGGCAAGAAAUCACUGGAACAGUGGGUGACAGAGGAGGCUGGUCACCUCUGUGACGCCUUCACCAAGGAGGCUGAACAUCCCUUGGAUCCCAGCCUCCACCUGAGUAAAGCUGUGAGCAACGUGAUUGCCUCCCUUGUUUAUGCUCGUCGAUUUGAGUAUGCAGACCCUUUCUUUAACAGGAUGCUUAAAACGUUGAAGGAAAGCUUUGGAGAGGACACUGGCUUUAUUGGAGAGGUACUGAACGCACUCCCAAUGUUCCUUCAAAUCCCUGGGCUCCCUGGCAAAGCCUUCCCCAAGCUGAAUUCAUUCAUAGCCUUAGUGGAUAAGAUGUUAAUUGACCACAACAAAACCUGGGAUCCUGCCCAGCCACCCCGAGACCUGACUGAUGCCUUCCUAGCAGAGAUGGAGAAGGCCAAGGGGAAUCCUGAGAGCAGCUUCAACAAUAAGAAUCUGCGCAUGGUGGUGAUUGACCUGUUCAUGGCAGGGAUGGUGACCACCUCAACCACACUGUCCUGGGCCCUGCUGCUCAUGAUCCUACAUCCUGAUGUGCAGCGCCAUGUCCACCAGGAGAUCGAUGAGGUCAUAGGACAAGUGCGUCGUCCAGAGAUGGCAGACCAGGCCCGCAUGCCUUACACCAAUGCAGUCAUUCAUGAGGUGCAGCGCUUUGCAGACAUCGUCCCUACGAAUGUAGUACAUAUGACAUCCCGUGACAUUAAAUUCCAAGGCUUCCUCAUCCCCAAGGGGACGACCCUUGUCCCCAACCUGUCCUCCGUGCUGAAGGAUGAGACUGUCUGGGAGAAGCCCCUUCACUUCCAUCCUGAACACUUCCUGGAUGCCCAGGGCAACUUUGUGAAGCAUGAGGCCUUCAUGCCAUUCUCAGCAGGCCGCCGAGCAUGUCUGGGGGAGCCCCUGGCCCGCAUGGAGCUCUUCCUCUUCUUCACCUGCCUCCUGCAGCGCUUUAGCUUCUCAGUGCCCCCUGGACAGCCCCAGCCCAGUGAUUAUGGCAUUUACACAUUGCCAGUUACUCCAGAGCCCUACCAGCUCUGUGCAGUGGUUCGCUAGCAGGGGUAGUGGCUCCAACCUUCUCCCCAGUGUGGGCUGACUGAUGUCAAUAAACAAGUUCUGUGUCUGCAA